AUGGCUUCUAAGCCCUUUAAGAAUCGCCGUUGGCCCAGAGCAAUUAUUAAUUUUAUUGUUUUAUACUUUGACAAUUGCUGCAUACACGGUUUUCGAUAUGUCGUUCAAGCUGUGCUUCUGUUGUUUGAAAGAUUGCUCUGGCUUAUCCUGUUGAUAGUAUCCAUAUAUUUUUGUAUUAUUGUGAGCCUAUCAUCUAUUCAUCGUUAUAAUACCAAAAGUACACAUGUGGGCCUAGAACGAAACUAUCACUUUUGGAAUACCACAGUGCCUAGUAUAACUCUAUGUCCAAUGCAGCGUCUUAAUGCUUCCUUUUUUGCCAAUUAUUGUCGGGUAAAUGGCAUUAAGGGACCACAGAAGGCCAUUUUAUGGGACUUUCUUGAGAACUUGGCCAACUCCACUUACAUAAAUUUUCAAAACAUACCCGAAAGCGAUCAGAUCGACCAGAUAAUUAAGGAACUGCGCCUCAAGCCGGAAAACUAUAUGGAAUUAAUUUACAACCUAACAUACGACAGUACUUACGAGCCGAUUGAAAAACAACGCACUCGCAGCAUCGAUGGACAGGUCAACAUUCAUGUCCGACAGGUUCUCACCGAGUACGGACUGUGCUAUUUGGGGAACUCCAGGUUGGGUGAAGAGUAUAGUUCCCGAUAUUUAAUAUUUGGAAAAUAUCCCGAGCCGAAUAAGUAUGAGGCAACGCGAAAACUUCUGCAAUAUCAGAUUGGUUCGUACUUUGAAAAGGAUGUGGGAUUCACUUUGCUGAGCUUCUCCAGCGAGGCAAUAGAUAGCUACAUACAUUCUGCCUUUGAAGUCAUGAAGGUAGAUACCAAUUUUGGUUAUACAACUGAGGGCGUGGUCUACGAUCCCGUUAGCGAAGAAAUAAUUGCUGAGGAUAAUCUAGAAACAGAGACUUCUGUCCAAAUGAGAAAGUGUCGCUUCCACCACGAAUCCAAUCUCACACACUUUCCAUUUUAUACAAGAAAUGUGUGUCAGCAAGAGUGUCGCAUUAACUUGGCCUUUAGAAUUUGUAAAUGCAUUCCACACUUUUAUCCCAAUCGCAUCGCCAAUCCCAAGCCUGUCUGUGACUACAAAACAUUGAGGUCUUGUUUUCCACGACAUGCCGAUUUCUUUCUUAAGCUAUAUGAAGAAAAUGAGCAUCACGAGAAGCCAGCAACGUGUUACUGCGAACAGAACUGUCUGGAUGCCGUAAUUACAACUAGAUCCGCUUUACCCAUGAUAGGUUCCAAGCAAUUACUUGGAAGUAUUGGCAGCGCUAUAACUAUUAAAACCUGGCCACAGGUACGCCUCAAGCGUCAAGUUAUAUUUUCAAUGACCGAUCUUAUGGUUUCAAUUGGCUCAACGGCUGGUCUCUUUCUGGGAUUCAGUGUCUUGGGUCUGGUGGAAGUUCUAUACUUCUUUACCAUAAGGUUAAUCUGGCAAGUAUUGGGUUACACCCUCUGAAAGAAAGCAAGCGGAUGG